CGCGCGCGCCUUUUUAAAGUGCCCAGCCACUCAGCCAGUGUCCAGCGCUUCGAGCCGCGCCUGCCAGAGCGCGCAGAUCUUGGGGAAACCAAAUGGAGGGCGCCGGCGCAGCUGCAGCCCGGCGGCGGCCGGUGGUGCUGUACCCGUCGCCGGGGAUGGGCCACCUGGUCUCCAUGAUCGAGCUCGGCAAGAUCCUCGGCGCGCGGGGCUUGCCCGUCACCAUCGUCGUCAUCGACCCGCCCUACGACGCGGGGGCCACGGGCCCCUUCCUCGCGGCCGUCUCCGCGGCCAACCCCUCCAUCUCCUUCCACCGCCUGCCCAAGGUGGAGAGACUUGUCCCCGUCAGGACCAAGCACCACGAGGGGCUCACCUUCGAGGCCAUCCGCGCCGCCAACCCGCGCCUCCGGGAGUUCCUGGACGCCGUGUCCCCGGCGCCGGCGGCCCUCGUCGUCGACUUCUUCUGCAGCGUCGCGCUCGGGGUCGCCAGGGACCUCGGCGUGCCGGGGUACUUCUUCUUCACCUCGGGCGCCGAGGUCCUGGCCUUCUUCCUGCAUCUCCCGGCGCUCCACGCGCGGGGCGCGGCGGACUUCCGGGACAUGGGGGAGGAGCCCGUGCGCGUGCCGGGCAUCCCGCCAUUCCCGGCGACGCACGCCAUCCUGCCGCUCAUGGAGCGCGACGACGCGGCCUACGAGGGCUUCCUCAACUCCAGCGCCGAGCUCUCCCGCUGCGACGGCGUCAUCGUCAACACGUUCCGCCUGCUCAAUCCGCGCGCCGUGGAGGCCGUGGUCGCGGGACGGUGCACGCCCCCCGGCCUCCCGACGGCGCCCGUCCACUGCAUCGGUCCGCUGAUCAAGUCGCAGGAGGUGCUAGGCAAGGGCGGUGAGGAGUGCCUGGCGUGGCUGGACGCGCAGCCGGAGGCGAGCGUGGUGUUCCUCUGCUUCGGCAGCAUCGGCCGGUUCAGCGCGGAGCAGAUCGGGGAGGUGGCGGUGGGGCUGGAGGCCAGCUGGCAGCGGUUCCUGUGGGUGGUCCGCGCCCCGCCCAGCGACGACCCGGCGAAGAAGUACGACAAGCCGCCGGAGCCGGACCUGGGCGCGCUCCUCCCGGAGGGGUUCCUGGCCCGGACCAAGGACAGGGGCCUCGUCGUCAGGUCGUGGGCGCCGCAGCGGGACGUGCUGGCGCACGCGGCCGUCGGCGGGUUCGUCACGCACUGCGGCUGGAACUCGGUGCUGGAGGCCGUGAUGGCGGGCGUGCCGAUGCUGGCGUGGCCGCUCUACGCGGAGCAGCGGAUGAACCGGGUGUUCCUGGAGGAGAUGCGGCUGGCCGUGGCCGUGGAAGGGUACGACAGCGGGAGCGGGCUCGUGGCGGCCGAGGAGGUCGCGGCCAAAGUGCGGUGGCUCAUGGACUCCGGCGGCGGGAGGGCGCUCCGGGAGCGCACGCUCGCGGUCAUGCGGCAGGCGCACGACGCCCUGCGCCAGGGCGGCGAGUCGGAGGCCGCACUGGCCGGGCUCGUGGACGAGUGGAGACGCGCUUGACGAUGACGAGGUAGAGGUGCGAGAUGACGCGGAUUCUGUAUUUCUGUCGGGGAUCAGAAUCAGAUGGGUCGGUUGACGGCGACGGGCGUUGGCGCGCACUCUUGUUCACCAGGACUGGUGGCUCAGCAGUCAGCGAUCAGACAGACGAUCACGAAAUGGUCGUCGCUGUGGCGUCGUGUGUGUGUUUUGGGGUCAAGAGUGUAGCGGCAGCAGACAUGGCUUUUCCUUCAUCUGGCUGUGGAAAUGAAUAAAUAUCGGGCAUAUUUUUUCUCUGAA